CGGNCCAUGAGGCUGACCAGCCGAGCCGACCACCAUUNGUCGGAACCCUAACCCGCCAAAACCCAAAAUCAAAAUCGCCAUCUCGGCGAAGAAAUCCCCAAAUCCACCGGCGAAGCCCCACCAAACCGAUGGCGUCCCACGCCGCCGUCGUCGAGAUCAUCGACGACGACGACGACGACGACGACGACGUCGCCGCCGCCUCCACCCCUCCCGCCCUCCACAAGCGCUCCCAUGCGGUCGCCGCCGCCGCCCCCGAUUCCCCCGACGCCUUCUCCCCUUCCCCUCCAGACCCGAAGCGGCGGCAGCUCGCGGCGUCAACCAUCGUGCUCGACGACACCCCCACCCCUCCGAAGCGGCGGCCGCCGCCGGUAGCUGCCGACCGGUCCGCCUCCGUGGUGGCAGAUACGCCCCGGUCGUUCGUGCCGUGCUCGCUCCGCAACCGCGCCAUUGCUGGUGAUACGCCCGAUUCUGUUCUCCCGAGCCCGUCGUUCCACCUCGACGCUCCCGAUUCCGCGACCCCUGGCUCGGAUGUCCCGUGCUCCGUCGGGCUUGACGACAUUGUUCCUGAGACCCCGGGCUUCAACUCCCCACGCUUGGCUCGUCCCCCGGCCGUGCCUGGCUUGACGUCUCCUAUGACCGCGAGGAAAUUUUCUGGAGUAUCUUGUCCAAUAUCUCUGGAUAGUGAUGACGAAUUGGAUGACACUGUAUACAGGGAGUCUUUAACCAGGACGCCAAGCAAUAUGGCGAAGCCAGAACACGCAAUUCAGCCUUGUACUACUUCCUGUACUGAUAAAGUUGAGAAUACAAAAAGUACAGAUAAGAAGGAUUAUUCAAAAUCAAAUGUUGGAUAUCAAACAAACAAUUCUGCAUGCAAAAAUAAUGGAACAACCAGCUACAAUCAACCCCCUCGUGCUAAUUCUCCUUGUGAAGAUUCUACCUUGAAGGAGGCUGAUCCUUUUAUCAAUAACCAUUGUCCGCAGGAAGAAAAUGCCCUACCGAUUGAAGAAAGGAAGAAGAAACAACAGGAAGAGAAGAGACUAAAGAAGGAAAAGAAAGCCAGAGAAAUCGAAGAAAAAAAACAAAAACGACUGGAAACCAAAAAGCAAAAGGAAGCUAUGAAAGCUGAACUAGCAGAAUUGAAGAAGCUGGAGAAAGAAAAAAAGAAGUGGGAAUCAGGGAAGUUAGCUACAAAAUGUAUUGUUGCUGAGAUUGACUCAAGUGUUAUUGAAAGUGGCUCAGUUGGAGGUCAUCUUGUGCAAGGAUUUCAUGAGAAGGGCCUUUGUUUUCGAGUAACAUCUAAUUCAAUCAAGGGGUCAAUUUUAUGGAAGAUGCAAAUUCCUAAUGAGUUUACCCAGGACCAAGCUUCAACAUCACAAGUGCCAUAUAUUCUCUUUGUGCUUCAAGCUGAGGAAUUCUGCGAUCUUGUAAGUGGUGGUACAUUACUGGAUCAUGUUCAGAAAGUUCGAAGACAGUAUCCAGAAUUCACAAUUUGCUACGUUACUAAUAAACUGAUGAGCUUCAUAAAAAGACGUGAGCAGAAUCAGUACAACAAGACCACAUCAAAUUCUAAUAGUUGGAAGCGUCCACCAGUGGAAGAGGCCUUAUGCAAAUUAGCGACACACUAUGCUAGAGUGCGCUCAAGGCACUGCACAGAUGAAGCUGAAGUGACAGAGCAUAUUGUUGGCUUGACAUAUAGUCUUGCGAAUUGCAAGUUCAGGAAACCAUUGACAUGGUUAUCUGUGCAUGCUAAUGGUUCAAAUAUUUCUAAAGGUUGCGUUGAUAAAGAUCGGAUUAAGAAAAGUGCCUGGCUGAAGUCUUUAGUUGCUAUUCCCGGAGUCAGUCCAGGACAAGCUAUUGCAAUUGAGAAGAAGUACCCGUCCAUGAGAUCACUACUGAAUGUGUAUAUGGAUGACAGUAAAUCUGUUCAUGAAAAAGAACAUUUGCUUGAAGACUUGAGGUUGGAAGGUCCUCUGGGUGAUUUUAAGAGAAGGCUCGGACCAGCAUGCUCUAAAAAAGUGUACACAAUUCUCAUGGCACAAAAUGGAGCGGCAGAAGUGGAAGUUGAUAGGCGUGGAGCUUAGCUUAGCCUUCCAUGCUCACAUCGUCCUAAAUCAUGAAAGGUCGAUUUUGUAUUUAUGGCCCUUUUGUCCAUAUUGUUUAGAUGAAGCUUCAAGGUAGUUAAUGUGAUGUUCUUGGUGCUGAAGCCAUUACUUGUUAUGGCUGGCACUUUAAUGUGCUCUCUACCCAUCGAUAAAAAUGAAAUUAUCGUAAACUGAAGACAUGACACAACUUCUGCUAGAUAUCUGGAUGAUAGGCUGUGAUACCCUAUUCUGUGUGAUAGCAACACGAUAGGUCCCAGCAAUUUUGCAACUUUUGUAAAGUUCGUGACUAUUGAGAAAGGUUCAAGUAAAUAGGUUGGUACUGGAACCUAAAAAACAUAUUGAACGGCACUGCAUUUGUGCGUGUCGGCAGUGUAAUGUAUGGUACCUUAAGGCGCAGCCGUGCACUGUACGAUUACUCGCAUUAAUCAACUGCUUGUGGCUAC